CAGCAGUGACAGUAACAGUAACGGUAACAAUAAUAAGAGUGAUGGUAGCAUUGUUUUUCGGAGUUUGGAAAUGAGGAAGCUGAAGGAGUUUAGUUUCGCGGAGCUGAAAGCAGCUACGAGGAGUUUCAAGUCAGAUGCGUUGCUCGGAGAAGGAGGUUUUGGGAAAGUUUACAAAGGAUGGUUGCAUGAGAAAACUCUGACACCGACCAAAGCUGGUUCUGGAAUCAUGGUAGCUAUCAAAAAGUUGAAUCCCGAAAGUAUGCAGGGCCUUCAGGAGUGGCAGGUUCCUUUCUCUUCCACCUUUUCCAUUCUCUCAUCAUUGCUUUUUCAUUAUCUUCAACAAAGUUUGGCAUCAUUUCACUUAAACACAAACCUCGGUAAAUUAUAAUAACAUUAGUUUUUACAAAGUUGUCUUAUUUAUAAGAUUAGAUGAAAACUUGGUCUUGGUCUUGGUCUUGGCGUGAAUGAAGGGCUCAUAAAGUCCUCAACCCUCAUUGUUUUCCGACAGCGAUAACAUACCCAAGAGUCAACCCUCAUACACUUCUCUUUCAACCACUUGAAAUUGAUAAUUACUUUUAUGCUAUAUUCUUUAAUAAAACUAAUUUUUUAGAUGAUAACAUUUUCUAUCUUAUUUUCUGUUAUUAUUAUAAAUUAAGUAAAUAAGAAGAAUCUAAGCACUGUCGUAAUUCUUGUAAGAUUCCAAUAUCUGACAUUGCAGCAUCUUGGUGUGGUUAUAUGACAACGCAGUCAGAAAUAACGUUUUUGGGAACAGUUUCUCACCCAAACCUGGUGAAGCUUUUGGGUUACUGCUGUGACGAUGUGGAGUUUCUCCUUGUGUACGAAUUCAUGCCAAAGGGAAGCUUGGAGACUCAUCUAUUUUGGAGAAAUAAUAACACAGAACCUUUGUCUUGGGACACUCGACUGAAAAUAGCUAUCGGUGCAGCUCGGGGUUUGGCUUAUUUGCACACCUCGGAUAAGCAAAUCAUAUACAGAGAUUUCAAAGCCUCUAAUAUACUACUUGAUGAGGAGUUCAACGCGAAAAUAUCAGAUUUUGGUUUGGCGAAACUAGGCCCUCCUGCGGGAGAUUCACACGUGACGACGAGAAUCAUAGGAACAUAUGGUUAUGCUGCUCCAGAAUACAUUGCAACAGGUCACCUAUAUGUGAAAAGUGAUGUUUAUGGAUUUGGUGUGGUGCUGCUUGAAAUGCUGAAAGGGAUGAGAGCACUUGAUCAAAACCGGCCUUCAGGGCAGCAGAAUCUGGUUGAAUGGAUUAAGCCUUAUCUGUCUGAUAAAACUAAGUUGAAAACUGAUAUUAUGGAUGAGAAGAUCGAGGGUCAGUAUUCAAGCAAUGCAGCACUCAAAGCAGCACAACUUACUCUAAAAUGUCUUGAAACUGACCCUAAACAACGUCCUUCCAUGCAACAAGUUCUUCACACCUUAGAAACCAUCCAAGCUAUCAAACUUAGAAGGAGGAAAAGAACCAAACAUUGCUCUAAUAAGUUCGCAACUAUCAACAAUUUUCACUAGCUCAUUUUCAUAUACCAACGUCCCUGUACUUUUAAUAUUCCACCCGAGGCCAAAGGGUCGGUCGGUGACAAUUUUGAAAAGUUGGAAAACUCUGAUGUGUUAUAGGGCCUAGGUUGUAUAGACUUCGGUUGGUUAGUAAUCCGAGAUAGAAAAGUUCAAAAAAAACUUCAAAAUUACUACUUCGUCCUUAUAAACUUUGGUUUUUCAAUAACUGAGACCUAUAAAAUAAAUGAUGUAAAAAUGCAAACCUGCACCAGUGAAGCUCAGAUUUUUCAUAUGUUCUGCAACUGUUGUUAAGGUAUAUGAAACGUAAAUUACUAACACUUAGGUUAUUGAAUUUGUCUGAUCUUAUUUUUAUUGAAUUAGUCGCAUUGGGAAAGGGGAAUUUUCUGUUUUGUGAAAGGAUAGCUAGGCUAGAUGCUUGUACAAACAGUUACGAAAUACUGAGGAAAGAAGAACACUAUUUUUCA